UCUCCUCUGUCUAUACUCUAUAACUAAAAGUAAAUAAAUUUUCUCGGGCGUGUUUAUAAUGAAGCCAUGACUGGAAACUCCUGUAGCCAUAGAAACAGUCGAAACGUCAACAAUAUCUUCACAUAAUUGUCUGUUGAUGUAUUGAGUGCAAGGAAGAAAUGAGCACUCUUCAUGGUUCAGUAGGGUCCCAUACAAGUGUGGGGUUACCUACAAGUAGUGACAGUGGUGAUUUACCUAGUGCUAUCUCUACAUCUGACAAAAAACAGGAACACUCAGAACCAAUUUCAGAUUCCCCAAUUGCUAGAAAUAUCACACCUGAAGAUGUUUUGAAACUUAAACAGAUCACCAAUAGUUACCUUUGCUCUCCUGAUGCAAACAUUUAUGAUAUUGAUUUUACCCGAUUUUGCAUUAGGGACUUGGAGAGUGGAACUGUUCUCUUUGAAAUUGCAAAACCACUACCUCCAGAAUUGUGCGACAAUCCACCCGAAACUGAUGUGAAUGAUCUAGAUCCGAACGCUGGCCGGUUUGUGCGAUACCAAUUUACUCCGCAUUUUUUGAAACUUAGAACUGUUGGUGCAACAGUUGAAUUUGUGGUUGGUGAAAAACCUGUAAAUAACUUCAGGAUGAUUGAGCGUCAUUUUUUUCGAGAUCGUUUGUUAAAAACAUUCGAUUUUGAAUUUGGUUUCUGCAUUCCCCAUAGCAAAAAUACUGUAGAGCAUAUUUACGAUUUUCCCGCAUUAUCUUCAGAAGCAAUGGAUGAGAUGAUCAAUCAUCCAUUUGAAACUCGAUCAGAUUCAUUUUAUUUCGUCGAAAAUCGUCUUAUUAUGCACAAUAAAGCAGAUUACGCCUACAAUGGGGGAACAAUUCAAAACAACACGCAUAACGAAGAUUCCAAAUAAAACUAAAAAAGAUAUUAUAAGAACACAUUCGCCAUUCCUUUUGAGGUCUUUGUCGACAUGGCCAAUCUAUUUUACGGUGUGUACCUUCACUGUCAUGAUACGAUCAAUACAAAUGUUCACUAAUUC